GCUGCGCGCCGGGCGGCGAGUCCUUUCGGCGGUGGGUGCUGCAGGCUGAGUCGUUCUCCGUCCUCCGCGUCCCCCGCGAGCCGCGCCAGCAUGACGGACCAGGCCGUGUCGUUCGCCAAGGACUUCCUGGCCGGGGGCAUCGCCGCCGCCAUCUCCAAGACGGCCGUGGCCCCGAUCGAGCGGGUCAAGCUGCUGCUGCAGGUGCAGCACGCCAGCAAGCAGAUCGCGGCCGACCAGCAGUACAAGGGCAUCGUGGACUGCAUCGUGCGCAUCCCGCGGGAGCAGGGCGUGCUGUCGUUCUGGCGGGGUAACCUGGCCAACGUGAUCCGCUACUUCCCGACGCAGGCGCUCAACUUCGCCUUCAAGGACAAGUACAAGCAGGUGUUCCUGGGCGGCGUGGACCAGCGCACGCAGUUCUGGCGCUACUUUGCCGGCAACCUGGCGUCGGGCGGCGCGGCCGGGGCCACGUCGCUGUGCUUCGUGUACCCGCUGGACUUCGCGCGCACGCGGCUGGCGGCCGACGUGGGCAAAUCCGGGUCCGAGCGCGAGUUCAAGGGCCUGGGCGACUGCCUGGUGAAGAUCAGCCGCUCGGACGGGCUGCGCGGCCUGUACCAGGGUUUCAGCGUGUCGGUGCAGGGCAUCAUCAUCUACCGCGCCGCCUACUUCGGGGUCUACGACACCGCCAAGGGCAUGCUCCCGGACCCUAAGAACACGCACAUAGUGGUGAGCUGGAUGAUCGCGCAGACGGUGACGGCGGUGGCCGGCGUGGUGUCCUACCCCUUCGACACGGUGCGCAGGCGCAUGAUGAUGCAGUCGGGCCGGAAAGGAGCCGACAUCAUGUACUCGGGCACCCUGGACUGCUGGAGGAAGAUCUUCAAGGACGAGGGCGGCAAGGCCUUCUUCAAGGGCGCGUGGUCCAACGUGCUGCGCGGCAUGGGCGGCGCCUUCGUGCUGGUCAUCUACGACGAGCUCAAGAAGGUCCUGUAGUGCUGCGGGCACAGUGCUCCCGGCGCGGUGCUGCACAUACUACUCCCGGGGGCGACUCACCUUCCAGAAAUUCCACUUUGCCGCUAUCACUUCCAGGGUGGGUUCAGAGGGCCUCGGUCUCCAUCCUCUGAACCAUCCCACCUCCGGGGCAGGGGGGUCACUGCACGUCCGGGGGGGCCGUGGGAGGACCAAGUCCAGACCUUGUGGGACCAGCCUUGGAUAACUAUUUAUUGAAGCAGCAGCAGAACCGAGCGUUAAGCACUAGCACCCUGUGGGGAAAAGCCUCGAGUACUCGGUCCUGUGAUGGGCAUUCUGCUUGGAAAUAAUAAAACGGGACCCGGACCUCA